AUGGACUUCCUACCAGAAAACCUUCAAACAAUCCUCCAAAACACAACAAUAACCUACCUCCAAUCAACAACGCAAGCCCACCUAUCCUCGCGCCUCUCCGAGUUACGAACAGCAAUCCUACAACCGUACCUAAUCGAACCGCUAUCAACCCUGCUGACAAGCUACUCCGGUGCAAUGCCGGACUUGCUCUCAAUCUGUCUGCUAGCCAUUAUAAUUCUCGUCUCGCUGAAGAUCCUCGACUAUGCCUUUCGCAUGAUCAUGUUCUGGGUUGUGCUGGCGUUCCGACUUGUCUUUUGGGGAUCGCUGAUUGGGGUCGGGUAUUAUGUUUAUCGCGUUGGCGUUGAGGAUGCAGCGAGGGAUGCUGGGUGGUUGUUUGGGGUUGUUAUGGGUUUUGUCGGGGAUUAUGUUGAGAAGAGUCAGGGGAGGGCUGCUGCUUAUGUUGGGGGUAAGUAG